CUGGAACAUUUUGUUUAUGAAGUCAAAAUAGUUGGUGCAGCUGGACACCCUGUGGCGCAUUUUUACUCGUCCCGUUUCCAACGACUCAAACCUGGCUACGACUGCUCCCGGACAAGCCUUCAACUUCUCCGAACCAGGAAGACGCAACGACGUCGAACUCCAUUUGGUCAGAGUUUGAGUAAUGACAGAUAAAAACGUCCUCCCUUCAUGCUUACUUUCAACAAAAAAGAAGUUAUGGAUCUUCGCGACGGGAAGAAGAGAAGAAAGGUAAGCGGCGGGGUGCGGACCUGCAGGCGGAGCGUAGCCGCGAAGAUGAAGCGGGAGGCGGUGAAAGUGCUCCGCUCCCUCGCGGUGGAGAACAACAACCGUAAGGAGUCCAUGGAAGAGGAAGAGGACGAUGACUGUUUCUCCAUCAGCUUCCUCCGAAGUGAGCGGACGAGUCCGUCCGUGGUCGUGUCUCCUCGGUACAGCCUGCUGCGGGAGGUCGGUCGGGGAAGCUACGGGGUGGUGUACGAGGCUAUAGCCCGGAAAACUGGGGCCAGGGUGGCGGUGAAGAGGCUCCAGUGCGACGCUCCGGAAAACGUAGAGCUGGCGCUGGCCGAGUUCUGGGCCCUGACAAGCCUGGAGAACCGACACCAGAACGUGGUCCAGCUGGAGGAGUGUGUCCUGCAGAGGAACGGCCUAGCCCAGAAGAUGAGCCAUGGAAACAAAAAGUCUAAACAAUACCUGCGUCUGGUGGAGACCUCACUCAAAGGUGAGCGCAUCCUUGGUUACCCGGUGGAGCCGUGCUACCUCUGGUUCGUCAUGGAGUUUUGUGAAGGUGGCGACCUGAACCAGUACAUCUUGUCUCGGCGGCCUGACCCCCAGACCAAUAAGAGCUUCAUGCGCCAACUGACGAGUGCUAUAGCUUUCCUGCACAAGAACAACAUCGUCCACCGCGACUUGAAACCAGACAACAUCCUCAUCUCCCAGACGUCCGGCUCACCUGUGCUUAAAGUGGCCGACUUUGGCCUCAGUAAAGUUUGUGCGGGCCUGAACUCUAAAAGCAGUGAGGAUCACCCAGCAGCAGGAGCAGGGGCCAAAGGGAGCAACCUGAACAACAGCGUCAACAUUAACAAGUUCUGGUUGUCGUCAGCCUGCGGGUCGGACUUUUACAUGGCCCCUGAAGUGUGGGAGGGCCACUAUACGGCUAAGGCUGACAUCUUCGCCCUGGGCAUCAUCAUCUGGGCCAUGAUUGAGCGGAUCACUUUCAUCGAUGCAGAGUCCAAGCGGGAACUGCUGGGCACCUACAUCCGGCAGGGCUCAGAGAUCGUUCCUGUUGGGGAGGCUCUGCUAGAGAACCCCAAGAUGGUGCUCCACAUCCCUCAGAGAGCCAGGAGCUCUAUGUCUGAGGGGGUGAAGAAACUCCUACAGGACAUGCUGGCCGUCAACCCUCAGGACCGACCGGACGCCUUCCAGCUGGAGAUGCGGAUGGACCAAGUCACAUGUGCAGCAUGACAGACCCCACCUUCCCUAAACCUCUCCUUUUUACCCCAACUACUCCAAGAAGGGACCCCUUUCCUUCCCAGCUUUGCAGACCGUGAUGGCUCUGGACUCCAGUGGAAAAAGGGACCCUGACAACCUGAACUGUGAAGAAUCCACAAUUCCAAGUUAAGCUGGAAGUGACGGACAGGCCAAUUAUUCCAAGACUCUAGGAAAGAAACAGUAUGCAAGUUAGACCCCAACAAAGCACCCCCUUUACCAUCCGUUUGCUGUCAGCCGUCAGCUGAUGAUGGGCGACGGGUGGAAAAAGCCGGAGUGAAAACAAAGCACUUACUGGAUGUGAAUCCAGGUUUAUGACAUUAUUGGUUUUAUAUUCACUUAUUUUUCUUCCCUACAACCCGAGUAUAAGUCUGCUCUUCAUUACUUGUAAUGUACUCGACUGUGGCACAGGUACCCAGACUGUACUGCACCAGUGUUCAGUGAAUUGAUGAGAGUAAUAGAUUACUCUGCUGCCCCAUACAACUUGUGCCUUAAAGACAAUUCCCACCAAGUGCGAUUGGAUCUUUAAAUGAAAUGAUUUUGUUGGUGACAGUGGAGGCUCAUGAAUCAGAGGUGUAGAAACACCACUUUUAGAGCUUGUGCAGCUCACCAAUUAAAUCUUUUGUUUUAAAGACAUUAAACUUCUUAAGUAAUUCUCCAAGCGGUUAUAAUGUCAGAAAAGAAUGUUUUAUUUGGUUCCCCUGAGCUACUUAAACACUGAGGUGCAAAUAUGAUUCUGAAGAAGAAAAACAGUAAAGUUGAAACAAAUGAAGACACCGGUGUCUCACACUGAUAUUUUACAAAGCUGUGGCACAUUCCCAAGACAAAGAAAGAGUCAAUGUGAAUAUUAACAGGUUGUUGAGGUGAACUGGAAGUAGCAGGUCUUUAUGAACGCCACGCAGAAAUGUGCAAUUGAAACCAAAAAAUGUCCAGCAGGGAAUUCAGACUGGUCUUAUGGGCAUUAGUUCCUGUUGAAUCCAAAGAGCACCUGUUGGACCAAUGUGUCCAUUAUUCAUUGCAAUAAUAUAUUUGCUAAAUUAAUGCAUGACCAAGAAGCAAAUUGUGAUGAUUUCGUGAACUAGAAUCUGUUCUGGUGCAUUGAAUGUUUUUGUUGAGGUUGAGUGUGGCAUUUCUGAACUUUUCAAACAUACAGAAAUCUCUGAAUACAUUGAAUAUUAAUUCAGUGAGGAAGUUUAUUUGAUUAAGGGAUACUGAGCAUUGGUCAGGGAUUGCGGUGCGAUGUGAAGCGGGUCAUUUCAUAGCUUAACACCUCAGCAGUAUUGAACAGUUACAUUUCUCAUGACCUGAUCUGAUUUGGGGACUUCCACAGGAAAUUUGAAGAUUUGCCAUCUGGAAAUGAUCCCCAAAGGCAUCCAUGGGAUACUCGCCGUAAAGGUCUCCUCCUUCCUUUCCCUCUCUAUUAUUGAAUUCUCCAGACUCUUUGCAAUGGCACGUAGUGCUGCACUGGUUGCAGCUUAGUAAGGCGCCCUGGGGUUGAGCAAAAAUACCCAGAAUUUCCAGGAAGAUAGAAAAUGCAAAACACAAUGGGGAGCAGUUGAAGCUUCCACUGGCGAGCCUGAGAGGAGGAAGGGUUGAUACGUUCUCCAGCACAGACGUUCGCUGUCACACACUUCAGUUCGGUGACUCGGCAGUAUUCGUAGAUUUUUGCGGCGUUUCUUGUAGUGUGAUCCUACCUCAUGCUCAGCACUCUUAAACAUCUACCUUUACUGUCUCUUUGUCAAGUUUCUCUUAGUUUCUGAUACAAGGAGCACUUUGCUUGAGUAGGAUAGGUUCUUGCCUCAGACUCAGCGUCUUAUCUUAAACCAACCACACACCAGCUUUUCCUUGUGGUGUUUUAGCUGCAAGUAACGACCGACUAGCUUUCCCUGUUCUAACGUCAUGUGCAACACCUUCUCCCUUAAAACCAAGCUGCAAUAUUCCUUUAAAACCUACGGUUCCAGUGACGUUACCUGAAGGUCUCAGUGUGUUUGAAACAAGCCGUCUGUUAGCUGUGAUAGUAGAGGUUAAAGGUUUUGUGUGUGGGAUGUAGUGACAUCUAGUGCACAAGCUGCAAAUCACAACAAACUGAAUGUCAUCCACCUACAACCAAGACACAAAAGACUUGAUUGCCCCUUGUGGGCUACUGUAGUAAGAUGAUGAGGAAAGUGAGCAGUGGUGUCUGAAUAUAAAUCACUACGGUUAAGGAAAGCCAACACUUCUAUUCAAAUUCAAUUUCGGACCAAUAUUAUUUUUCAGUUCAAGCUAAUAGAUUAAUAUUAAAGUUUUAGAGAAACAAUCAAGGCAGAUAAAAAGUCAACUGUUUUAAGUCUUUACGUUACUAAUUUUGACUUGAUGAAUCACUGUUAGUACUUAGGAUGAAUAAGUUUGACUUUAAACUAUUAACUUUGCCAGUUUUCAGCUGACAUCCUGCCUUCAUCUAUGGGACGUUCUCAGCCUCACAUUAGGAUUAGCUGUGUGGGAAAUCUUUUAGCACACUGAGACCUAAAUGGUUAAAGUUAAACAGAAGAAGUGUAGCAUGCAACAAAAACCACCUCUGGAGCUGCAGCUGUGGAGCACAAGCAGGUGUUAAAAUGUGUCUGGUUCUGGGAUGAGACUGAACCUUGUGGCAUCUUGCUGGUGUAGCUUGUAGAAAAUAAUGUUUCUCCCCCUUCUGGAUGUUGAAUCUUAGCUCUUGCUAGAUGUGUUUCUUGAGACCUAACCCUGUUAAAAGUUGUGGUUUAACGGGAUCCCCUCUUGCCCUGAAGCCAGUGUUUUUCUAUGAGCCAGUUCAUGUAGCUCUCUUCUUAUUAUGGAUUCCACUUGAACACUUGACACUAUGCAACAAAUGGUUCACUGCCUCACUGUAAACACCUCACAGAGCCACACCAUGCUCGAACUGUGUGUGAUAUCUUGAGCUCAUAUUUCCAUUGUGUACAGAAAUGUGUCUUUCAGGUGUUUUAUGUAAAAUAAAUGUUUUUUGUUAUUGAAGCUGACAGGAGCCAUUAGAUGUUUGAGAAAGCAUCAUUUUCUUUUUUGCUGUAAAUAUGUUUGACAAGGUUUCUUGGAAUAAAUGAUCAAAAGAAACAUCA